AUGCUACGACUAAGAUAUAAAAUAAGCAUAAAUUUGCGCAAGCAAAUCAAAUUACCCCAACGUUUUUUGUACGUUCCUAGAUCAAUAAAUCCUUCAACCAUACCAACAUUAGACGGACUACUACCUUUUAGUGAAAAUCAAGAUCCAAUAGAAAAAAAAAUUCAAAUCAAAAGGAGAAUGCUACGCAACCGUAGUCUUGAAUCAAAUAAUAGAGAAAAUAAAUCAAAUUUAAGCGAAGACUUAAAAUCUUUAAGAAGUUUGUCAUCAGUAAUCUCAAAUCGAAUCAAUGGUAUCGCACAAACUCCAGAUGAAAAGCUAGACCCAAAAUUAACUGACCUCAUCUACGACGAUCUAGAUCUUGCGAACAGAUCUAAUUCAGGAAACACUGAAGUUUCAACUGUAUUUAAGAAAGAUGCAAUAGAAUUGCCAGAAGAAAUUACUACUAGAAUGGGUUUAGCUGGUACAUAUUUAAUACCAAGUGAUGGCACAACUACACCAAAUUGGAAUUUAAUAGUGUCUCAACUUCAGCUAGGUGGAGGGUUCUCAAAUUUAUCUUCUUCAACUGUUCAUAAAUUCAUAAAAUCAAUCCCAAUACGUGAUUUAAAAUAUUUAAUACCAAUCUUACAAAAAAUGUGCUCAAGUGCAAACAUAGAACUUCAAAAUAAGACGAAUUUAUUAUUUUUCAAAUCUUUAGCAAUAGGUGGAAGACUAUCUGAAGUUGAAAUGGAAUUAAUGGAAAAUUAUUUCGAAAAAUUUGCAUCUUUAAAUGAACUUAAACUUGAUGUUUACGAAACAAUGAUCUGUGCUUAUACUAAAUUUGGUAACAUGAAUAAAGUAGAACAAUUAUUAAAAGAAAUGAAACUUAACAAAUUAGAAAUUUCAAGGUCAAUUCUCACUUCAAUCCUUCAAGGUUAUAUAUUUUAUGAAAAAGAUUUUAAUAAAGCUUUAGAAACAUUUGAUGCUAUGAAAUUUUUAUCAACUACAACUCAACCAAAUAGUAGAACUUAUACAGAUAUGAUAAUUGCUUGUGUAAUGAAUAAAAAAAUAGAAAAAGCCUUAGAUUUAUAUCAAGAGAUGUUAGAUCAUAGAUUAAAAAUUAAUCAAAAUACAUUAGCAGCAUUAGCAAAAGGUUGUUCAAAAUCUAAACAAUUUUCAUCAAAAUCUUGGGAUUUUAUUUUUAAUAUUUAUGAUCAAGGAAUUUCACCAAAUUUACAAACAAUUGAAUGUAUGUUGAAUAUCUCUGGUUUGGAAGGUGAUGUUGAUCUAUCAAGAGCUUUGUUUCAAAAAUUAGCUGAAAGUGGAUCAAUAACAUCAAAAUCAAUUGUAUUUUUAAUGAUGUCUUAUUCAAAUUAUCUGCCAACUAAAAAAGUUAAUAAAAUUAUGGAAAAUGAUAGAGGUCGAUUAUUUAGAGAAAAUAUGAUUGAAAAAGUUGACUUUUUUGCUUUGCAAAAUGAUUUUCCUUUCCUUCCUGUCAAACAUUUGUCAUCUGAUCAGUUAGUUCUUGCAGAGUCUUCUGCGUUGAUUACAUUUAUUGUUGAAUUUAGACCGGAAUUAAUAAGUUAUCAAUUGGUUUCUUGCUUUUUAAAUAUAAUUCUCAAUUUGGGUACUUUUGAUCAAUUUAAAACGACUUACAACAAAACAACAUUUCCUAUUUUGGAAAAGCAACCUAGACAAAUUUCCACAGACAUCAUAAUUGAAGAAGCAGAUUCAAAGUUCGAUCACCAGGUGAUUAACAAUGACAUACCACACCAAAUCAAGGACAAUGACAAUCAACUAAACUUUAACAAUCAGGCAACAAAACUUCCAAGAGACACCAUUAUUCAUAUUAUAGCUUUAAGAGCUGCUGCUAAAUUUAAAAAUUACGAAUUUGCAGAUGAAAUUAUUUUAGAAAGAGGACAAUAUAGAAAAUCAAGCAAUUUCAAAUCAUUGAACAAAAAAGAACAAACAAAGUCAGAUUUUGAAUUUAGUAAAGCAUUGGUCAAUUUUUAUAUCAAAUUGAAUAUGUUAAAUGAUGCAUUAGCUAUUGUUUUACUGUCAGAAGAUAGAUUUCAAUGGAGUUGGAAAGAAUUAGGCGGUUUGGUCGGAGCUGCACUAAAGAUUGACGACUUUAAAAUGGCUGAAGAUGUUAAAACUGUAUUAAGAAAGUCAAAGAAUAAAUACAUUAAAUAA